AUGGCACCGGCUGAAGUGAUGGAUCCUGAUGCCGAUAUCAACAUGCUCGCGGCGGACGAUAUUGACGAGCGCGAACGCCUCAUCAAUGAGGAAUACAAGACAUGGAAGAAGAACUCGCCGUUCUUAUACGAUAUGAUUCUCGGAAAAGCACUCACAUGGCCUACAUUGACGUGUCAAUGGUUCCCGGACGUGAAAGAUGUUCCAGCGGAUAACUUUCGCACACAUCGCCUGCUCCUGGGCACGCACACAUCCGACGACAGCCCCAACUAUCUUCAAAUCGCUGAUGUCCAGAUUCCGAAAGCUGCGACACCAAACCCCGAUGACUACGAUGAAGAGCGUGGGGAGAUUGGCGGCUAUGGAAAGGCAGGAGACGUGGCGGCUCUCAAGUGUGACAUUGUGCACAAGAUUGAGCACCCUGGUGAAGUGAACAAGGCGCGCUACCAGCCUCAGAACCCUGAUAUCAUCGCUACGUUCUGUGUGGACGGGAGAAUCCUGAUUUUCGACCGCACGAAGCACCCUCUGCAGCCCGCCAACCCUGGCCAGAUCAACUCCCAGCUUGAGCUCGUCGGACACAAGUCGGAAGGUUUUGGCUUGAACUGGAGCCCGCAUGAAGAGGGCUGCCUGGCCUCUGGAAGUGAGGACGCCACGAUGCGCUUGUGGGAUCUCACAAAGCUCGAGGCUGACACAAGGGUUCUGAAACCCUCCCGAACGUACUCUCACCACAGCCAGAUUGUGAAUGAUGUCCAAUACCACAACGUCUCAAAGUACCUCAUCGGCUCGGUCUCCGAUGAUCAGACUCUCCAGAUCGUCGACUUGCGAUCGAAAGAAACAGAUCGGGCGGCAGUUGUUGCCCGAAAAGGUCAUCUGGAAGCGAUCAAUGCACUUGCGUUUAACCCUACCUCGGAAGUCUUGGUGGCAACUGCUUCAGCCGACAAGACUAUUGGCAUUUGGGAUCUGCGGAACACUAAGGAGAAGGUUCACACACUUGAGGGUCACAAUGAUGCGGUGACGUCCCUUUCAUGGCAUCCCACUGAGGCGGGCAUCCUGGGAAGUGGCAGUUAUGAUCGCCGUGUCAUCUUCUGGGAUCUCGCACGUAUUGGCGAGGAGCAGCUUCCGGACGACCAGGACGACGGGCAGCCUGAGCUACUCUUCAUGCAUGGUGGCCACACUGCCCACCUUGCCGACUUUAGCUGGAAUCCGAACGAGCCCUGGUUGGUGGCCAGCGCUGCAGAGGAUAACUUGCUGCAGAUCUGGAAGGUAGCGGAGUCGAUUGUGGGCAAAGACGACGGCAAUCUCCCUGUCGAAGAGCUCAACCAAUAG